GGAGGGCGCUGAUCAGGGGACCGCGGUGUCGAGUACGUACGGCCGCGGUUUGACGGGAUGGGCUUGCUCGACUACAACAUUGGGCUAAUUGGCCUUCUCCAUCUGGGCUAUGCCGGAUGGAUCAUCACUCAACAACGUGAAGCGUUGAAGAUCUUGGACGAAGAGCUGCAGACUACGCCGCCCGAGGUGGACUGUCCGUUUGUCGCCGUUUUCACCCGUGCAUGGAGACUCAGUGUGCCGAUAUUGUAUCUAGACAAUGUACCUACAUCGGGGCGCAGAUCUCAAUGGGAUACAUGGCGUCUCCGCUUGCAGGAAAGGGACUUCAUGGGAGGUGAUGCUCAGGAGAGAGAGAGGAGAGGAAUGGAAAAGUUAUCAUCAUCUUAAUCCCAAACUUUGACUGCAAGGUGUGUUUGUUCUAUGCUAUCUAUAGCAAUGUGAGUCCAAAAAGCGCCUCAGGGGGACCACCAUGGCAAAGGGAAUGGGAAUGGGACGAGGAACAUGCAAAGAAUGGGGUGGUGGGUCCCAGAGAAACCAGGGGUUGCACGUUCUGCAGAUUUACAGGGCUUUUUUUAAGGGGGGUGUAAGAGAUGAGAUGGAGGAUGGUUGGAAGAAAGAACAAAGAGGAUAGCAGAAAUGGUUGACAUUGUUGUUCAUAGAACAAGCAGGCAGGGGGAGUUUGGGGUGCAUUCUUUUCUUAAAGCAGUUGCAUUAUUUGGAGGGCAAGGGGGUAUAGAAGGUGCGAUGUGGGGAGGAAUGACAAGGCAACUUAGGCGGACCGCAUGGAUGGAACAGAAAUGUGAUGCAAUGUCGUUCUCUUUGGGAACUUUAAGCCGGUCUACUCUUUUUCCAAAAUAUUUUUGUUCACUGUUUUUUGUUUGUUGUUUUGAAUGUUUAGCAAGUGUUUUUCCUGAAGUUGAAUCUUGGAAAUUCCAGGUAGGUUACACAACCGGAACUUCAUAAUCCAUUUCUGCGUUGCAUGGCUUUCCAUCCAUGAUGAGGCAGAAUUUCACAUCUUAAUCCAUCUACUACAGUAGGAGGCGGAGGUGCCUUGUGCUGGAAUGAGGAGGAGGAGGAGGAUUAAGAUGUGAAAUUCCGCGUUGCAGGCUUUUCCAUCCACUAGAAGGCGGAGGUGCCAUGUGGUGGAAUGAGGAGGAGGAGGAGGAGGAGGAUUCAUAUGUAAAAUUUCAGGUAGGUUACGGAGCCAAAAAGUUGCAAUCUUGUACCGCCUUGCAUGGCUUUACCGUCCAUGAGAAAGCUGGAGGUUCCUUGCCCAGGAAUGAGGAGGAGGAGGAGGAGGAAGAGGCGGCGGAGGAGGAGGACGGAGGGGAGGAGGAGGAGGAUUAAGCUGUGAAAUUCCAGGUAGGUUACGUAGCCAAAUAUUAUAAUCGUGUACCAGCUUCCAUGGCUCUUUUAUCCAGGAGAAGAUAGAGGUCCCUUGUGCUGGAAUAAGGAUGAGUAGUAGUAGGAGGAGGAGACGGACAAGGAGGUGCCUGCUGGUUGCAUUGAGACCUCUGCUAGGGUGGGAAUGUCGCUGCUGGAUCUUUUUGAGAUGAGUUAAUGAUUCGUCAAAUGCAUCUUUUUUCUUUCGUUUCGUUUUGCUUUACAUCAAUCGACUCUUUAGGCUUUGUACUAAGUUCUGCUGAGUCCAUCGGUAUCUGACAGUAAGGGCAUUCAGAGAAUGGACAUUGCUCCACUACCCACCGCUCUGAAUUCAUCGCUAUCUGAUAUUGGUCGCAAUACUUCCCGAAAGUUUGGUCGGCCCAAAUGUAUUUCAUCACUCUCCAGUAGCCCUAUAAAUUAAGGAUUUUUAAUGGAGGAAGGCCCAAAGUCUUUAGGACUUUUUACAGAAUCAGGAGGGUUGUCAGCGGGAUCUGGUUGACGUUUUGUUUUUGUCUUUUGGUCUGUGUGUGUGUGUGUGUGUGUGUGUUUCGAUCGGCCUUUCUUUCGAAAGCCGAAAUCAGCAGACGUUUUUUUUUUUUUCAAAGGAAGUUUCUGAAUCAGCUGCGAUGCACAAAAACUCUUGUUCGUGCUCCCUCCACCGAGAGAGGUAAGCUCCCUUCACCAAGAGAGGUAGAUCGCUAUGCUUGCAGGGGUCCCCUGUAUAGCCUUAAGAGUAG